UCGACAUAUAAGAAGUGUAGGAUAUAUAAGCCGAAUUCCUUGAAGGGCCGUGGGAAGCCAUGGCGGCACUGACUUCACGGUAUCGACUAGCACUGGCGCGCCAUUAAUUAAUACAAGCGUUCCUAUACGUUUUACAUUCGAUUCUCAGAUCAAGUGGCAUGGGUUCACAACCAACCUAGCUAUGCUUUGUCCAGAUCUUGGCCAGUUUUUGUUGGUCACCACACCAGAAAUGGUGUCAGGCAUUCCCGGUUCGGCAGGUAAACGUAAUGAAGCCCUCGAAGCACACAAAAACAUGAUAUCUAUCAACAAAUCUGGGAAGGCUAGCUGCCUUGAUUGGUACAAUGGGAACGAUGUAGCGUGCUCGCUGAACAACAUGACCAUAUUCUUGGCGUAUACAUUUCCUUCCUCACCUCUUUCGCUACUGACCAUUAUGCAGGCAGAGAUCCCCGGACAAAUUCAGGAUGGUUACGAUGCAGUACCCAAUUUCUUCCACGAAAUCCAUCAACAUUCUCAGAUUGUUCACUAUGACGAGAACUCCUCGUUCGGCUCCUCCACCUGCACCACCCAUUACCUGGCCGCCUUCAAAACUCACCUACGACGCCUUUUCACCCUGCCACCCCAUCAUCAAAUGCCACCUGUCGUCGACAUUUCUUUGACCCAGGGUGUCCCAUGCUUCAAUCUACGGCGUAAUGCUGCAGCGGGUGCUCCUGGGAGUGACGACUCCUUGAUCCGUGAUGAAGACUAUCAUGGACCUCCUUCACCGGACGCCGAUUUACAACAGCAACAGCGACCAGCAGCAGUGCAGGUAGACAACGGGGAACAUGGACGUGGCUGGGCGUGCUGCUAA